AUGGAAAACCAAGGCGACUCGAAAGGGAAGGCAGUGAUGUACAAUACAACCCCACCAGAUAGCCCUCCCGUCUUUUCCGAGAAUAGCGGAGGUAGCGCCCCCAACGGCUCAGACCCCAGCAUGAACACGCUUCAGGGUUCAGCUCCACCUUCCUUCCGAGGCCCCGAUGGUCGCAAUCUCCUCAACACCACUCUCGCGUUCAACUCUCACCCCGAUGAACCCGACCCCGAUCGCAUCUUAACACCUUUCCGGAUCGUGUUGGGAGAUAUCAGAAUUCGCCUCAAGCGCGGAGAAACGAAUUUAACGUUGAGUGGAUAUAUCCUAGAAGAUAUUAUAUUUGACAUCGAGUCUCCAGAUAGGGAGUCGCCUUCUGUUCGCGCAAUGAUACACGAUUUCGAAAAUCACCUGAUGGAGAAUGGUAUCGGUUUACACUCCAAUGUCACUACACCCGUGGAAUGUCCGAUUGACCCCGGCAAUGGGGAAAUGCCCUCGCCACAUCCGCAUCUGGCAUUGCACAAUUUCACGAGUAGUCCGAUCGGCUAUGAAACGGGAGGGCCUUCUAAUUAUUGGUUCCCAAAUGUUCCAAAUAACACUGCAGAUACGCCAAGGGGUCUUCUCCAUCGUCCCCACAUAAUGAAUGAGUUCGAAUAUCACCAGCCCACGGGCAGUGAAACAUAUGAGGGGCCAGCAUAUGGAUCCCACAGAACACUUAACGAACGUUCUCUAAUGUACCAGCCAAGGACCGUGGCUCCAGAGCUAUCAAGAGUAGUCGAAGAUGAAACACUCGAAUAUAGGGAAGAAUUCGAAUACAUCGAACAACCAGUGAGCUGGGAAGAUCCUCAACCAGAGUUUUGGUGA